AUGGAACCACGCAGAAGCCGGAGGAUCCAAGACCUCCAAGACAAAGGAGCCGCCCAAACGCCCGAAGUCGCGAAAGCCCCAGCUGCCCCAAUACGAAAGGCCAGGAAGACGUAUGUCAGAAAACAACAGAUAGUGGCUCAGGACAUGCAAAGAAACAUGCAAAAAUACUCUGAGGACGUCCAGCAGGUCAUCGCCCAGAUGGCGCAGCGUGUUGAACAGAACAAGGUCGACGCGCAAGCCUACAGAAACCUGCAAAAGGCUGGCAUGUCGAAUGGUGGUGAGUCGGACCUAGACGAUAUGUCUGUCGACGAGAGCGACGGCGAAGUAGGAGGGAACGUCAAGACAGAAGCGCAAGAUGAGGGCCUCUUCGUCUCCCAGAGCACGGGGGGGACCACACUUCUUGUCGCAAACGAUGAGAACGAUGAUGAGGCCAGCUUAAUUAGAUGGAAGGACAUGUUCGGACACCUUGGAGAACAUGACGCAGAAGAAAACACCAAGGACUACGGCUUUCUCUGCGCAGGAUUUAACCGAUUCUACGACGUCAUAGGUCGAGGACCAGCCAAUGCCGAAAAGCUAGAACUUGUCCCGUCACACAGGGCCGGAGAAAAAGCUUCGCCCAGAAACCUCACGCGGAAUCGGAAAAUUCUUCAAGAUGACAAGGGAGACAAAAUCAGAGUGGACGGCGUCAAGAUGCAAGUGGAUAUACAAGGCGUCGCUUGGGUCACAUCCGAAGCCCCUGAAGACCCGAUCGUCCUGAUGGAUCCAAGGUACUGGGAAAAAAGAAAGUCCGAAAGUAACUCCGAAAGCAAAAAGCGACCCAAGACGUUCCCCUUCACCUCGAUCAAGUUAAAAUGGGUGACUAUACAUGACAACGGCGAAACAACUGUCGAGAAGACCUUUGAGACGAGGUCCACAGUGCGCUCAAUUUACGGCACACAGCCCAAGGCCGCUCAACAGGACUACAAGAUUGGCGAUCGAGUCGUUCUUGAAAAGGGAACGUGGAUGCCGGCUGCAGAUUUGGCAAUUUUCGCUGCGGCCAUCAUCUCAUGGGACCGUCACAAGAAGUGGAAAAAUGACCCUAGCAUGGGAAGGGACCGUAGUCCCACUCCGGAUGAAGACCUCCGGCCGACGCCAACCAGGCGCGGUCCGAAACGAGCGGCCAAGUGA